UACAGAUACCAGUGGCAUUUUUUAGUUUCUGUACGGAACAAGUUGAAACAAAAUUCGUUGUAGUUUCACAUAAUCGCCACUUUAAGUACUUGCGACGCACAUACAUUCAUAGAUAUUCAUAGAUACUAUUUUUAAAUUCAGGCCCUCUGGAUGCUAACUGCUAAAUCAUGAGCUCCAUAUCGUCGGCGACUACAGCUAGUUCCAGUUUCAGCAGUAACAGUGUUUACCGCCUCUCAAAAUGUAGGCUUUCUUCGGAUCUUCUUGGUUCCAUUUCCUUUCCUAGAAUCAAAUGGGAUCAUAGUUUUCGCCGGUGUCACACUUCGUCGGAGCUGAAGUCUCGGUUCCUGCUAGCUCCCAGGGCUGCUGCUCCAGAUACUAGCAAGGAAAGCAAGAGUGAAAAUGCCCAAGAUGGUGAUGACGGUGGUGAUGAAAUUCAACAGACACAGAAGCAGCAAUCGCCGCCGCCGCCCGUAUCGAUUAGGCUGGACGACGUGAACCCGGUAGGUCUGGGUCGAAAAUCACGCCAAUUGUUUGAUGAGGUUUGGAGGAAGUUCUCUGGAUUGGGUCAGAUAUCUCGGACAAUCCGCGCUGAUGAUAAGGACGCCCUUGAUGCCCUUCUCAUCCGAGAAGGGCCCAUGUGCGAGUUCGCAAUCCCUGGCGCUCAGAAUACUGUUGUGCUUGUUGUUGGUGCCACCAGUCGCAUUGGUCGGAUUGUCGUUCGCAAGCUCAUGCUGAGGGGCUACACUGUGAAGGCUUUGGUGAGGAAUGCUGAUCCAGAGGUAGUGGACAUGCUUCCAAGGUCAGUAGAGAUAGUAACUGGGGAUGUUGGUGACCCCAGCACACUCCAGGCUGCUGUGGAAGGUUGUAACAAAAUAAUAUAUUGCGCAACUGCUCGCUCUCCUAUCACUGCUGAUCUGUUUAGGGUUGAUUACCGAGGAGUUUAUAACCUUGCCAAAGCAUUUCAGGAUUAUAAUAAUAAAUUGGCACAAUUACGGGCUGGUAAAAGCAGUAAGAGCAAGCUCUUGAUAGCCAAAUUUAAAUCUCCAGAUUCAUUGAAUGGAUGGGAAGUUCAUCAAGGAACCUACUUCCAAGAUGUAAUUGCCACGAAAUAUGAUGGAGGGAUGGAUUCAAAAUUCGAGUUCACUGAGACUGGAGAAGCUGUUUUCUCGGGGUAUGUUUUCACGAGAGGAGGUUAUGUUGAACUUUCAAAAAAGCUUUCUCUGCCUUUAGGCCGCACUCUUGACAGGUAUGAGGGCCUGGUCCUCUCAGUUGGUGGCAAUGGGAGAUCUUAUGUUUUAAUUCUAGAAGCUGGUCCUUCUGCAGAUCUAAGUCAGAGCAAAUUGUAUUUUGCAAGAAUUAGCACAAAAGUGGGAUUUUGUAGGGUUAGAGUGCCCUUUUCGUCAUUCCGCCCAGUAAAACCAGAUGAUCCGCCAUUGGACCCUUUUCUUGUACAUACAUUAACAAUACGUUUUGAGCCAAGAAGACAGAGGCCCGUUGACGUACCUACAGCUAAGAGUCAAGAUUUGAGAAGCUUUAAGCUUAUAAUGGAGUAUAUAAAAGCCUUGCCUACUGGGCAAGAAACAGAUUUUGUUCUAGUAUCAUGUUCAGGAAUGGGAAUUGAAAGUUCAAGAAGGGAGCAAGUUCUUAAAGCCAAGCAGGCUGGGGAAGAUUCAUUGAGAAGAUCUGGCCUUGGAUACACAAUAGUUCGUCCUGGCCCCCUAAAGGAAGAACCUGGUGGUCAGCGUGCUUUAAUAUUUGAUCAAGGAAAUAGAAUAUCUCAGGAAAUCAGCUGUGCUGAUGUGGCUGAUAUAUGUGUGAAGGCACUACAUGAUUUAACCGCAAGAAACAAAAGCUUUGACGUUUGUUAUGAAUAUGUUGCGGAAGAAGGGAGGGAGCUUUACGAGCUGGUUGCACACUUGCCUGACAAGGCAAAUAACUACUUGACCCCAGCACUGUCUGUCUUAGAGAAGAAUACCUGAUCGUUCCCUAUUCAGUAUCAAUUGUAUCUGACGCAGCUCUUCCUAUAGGUGAGAUUCCAUCUAAUGGCUGUGGCCAAUUUGGCCCAAUGGCUGUUUCAAGUAGAUAAUGUAAUCGAUAGGUUUACCGGUACAAUCAAAAAUUGUACAAAUAUAUACUAUUAUAAUUAUAAUGGGUUUAAUUUGGUUGCAAAAAAAGAAAAAAAGAAAAGAAAAUCGUGUAUAGAUAUGAAAGUGGGGGAGGGGGGCUUGGAAUUACUCGUUUUUAACAAUGCUCUCAUAAAGUGAUCUCAAUUUGAUCCAACGUGUUGUGACUUGUACACAUCAAGAAUUUGAUCUCGUGUGUGUGUCUCUCUCCCUCUCAGGGAGGGAGGGAGAGAGGAGGGUUCAAUGUGUUAAUAAAUUAGAAGUCUUUUGAAAUAA